CACACACACACACCAUGUGACCAGCCCACACAAAUGGGACCUCUUUUAUUUCCUCCUUGGAUAAGCUUGACGACAGAAAGUGAGGGAGGGAAUUGACAGAGAGACCUGAGAGUAUUGAAACCAGAGUGUCACGCAGUAUCACUGCAGCACUUACAGUGGCUAGCAUCUGAAAACAACGCUGAUUGUGCAAAUGGAUGUCUGAAGGAUGGUUUGAGAAUUGACCUUUGGGAUUACGGAGAGGAAGAGGGAGAGGGUGUGUGUGUGUGGAGAGAGAGAGAGAGAGUGUGUAAAAGCUGCCUGAAAGGACAGGUAACUUAUUAACAGCAAGGAAGGAGCAGAGGGUAUACAACGCCUUGGCCUGCUGCAGAAACAGAAAAUGGAAUCCUGCUUCACUGUACUCUCACUUUAACCACCUGAAAGCCAAUACAAAACCUCCUCCCACGUACACACACACUUGGAUAUUGUGUCCCGCUGUCGCACAUGCCACAAGAGUCCAGGACGCUGUAAACAAGGAGACACAGAGCCAACACGCGCCUGGAUCACAUGCAGACAAUCAAUCAGCACUCGGCUUGGCUUUGCUUAGGUAGUGGUAGACAAACACACUCCAAGCUGUAAACAUGGAGCCCCUGGAGGAAUACCACUCUCCGUUUGACUUUGAACAAGGAGUCAACGCCAGCUACCUCUACCUUUCCCCGGCCUACAGUGACACGCCGCCCAGCUCGCCAGCUGUUAAAACCAGAGGACUGUGUCAUCCGGACUCAGUCCCAGAGGUGGGAGAAGAUGCCGCAACGUCUGUGGGUCCCUCUUCUGCUACCCCCGCCAUGACAGAGGAGGAGCGGCAGGAGCUACAAGAAGAGUUGGUCAAGGUUGAGGAUGAGAUCCUGACUCUGUCCCAGGUGUUGGCAGCCAAGGAGAAGCAGUUGGCGGACAUUAAGAGGAAGCUGGGCAUCACACCUCUCAAUGAGCUGAAACAGAACUUCACCAAAACCUGGCAGGAGGUCACCACCUCCACAGCCUAUAGGAGGACGUCUGAAACACUGUCUCAGGCCAGUCUGAAGGCCACAGCAGCGUUCACCAAUGUGGGCUCAGCCAUCACCAGGAAGCUUGAGGAUGUCAGCAUGCGCUCAUUACAACAUUCAGCUAGUAUGCCUGUCAUGAGGUAAGGGGGAAGUUUGUGUUAAAGUGACUGGCACACAGUGGUGCCCUCUGAGCUACACGUGUUGAAUAAAAUAUGAGAGAGGUAAAUGCUGCACAGUGUGUUUGUUCUACACAGAAAAGAGAAACUUGUUUGGCUUUAGUUCUGCAUUUUCAUGUUAUGGAUUGUAUAAAAAGGUCUCAAGUGUGCACCAUGAGGUUGCCAAAGAGCGGCCGCCGCUAAGAGCUACUUUGCAGCUUUUACAAUCUUGCUAGACAGACCUCUGUUUCGUCAAGCUGAUGGAGGUCUAGCAAAACUCUUGAAAAACAUGGAGAUAAAAUGCACCUUUUGAAACCAGAGGCAGUAACGGUUAGCUGUGAAUUUGGAAACACCCGCAUUCAGAAACAUAAAAAUACGUUCUGUCCAGUAUACUUUAUUGGUAUAAUCACAAAUCACUGUCUCUCCACCAAUUUUUAACCACAUUUGUGCUCAAUUUCUCCAGGUCUUAGGGAGUUUGAUGAGAUGCAGGUCUGGAUGUGUGAAAUUAAAGGGGCAAUUAUUUUCAUCAAUGAAUCUGUGGAUUAUUAACUCAUAAAAUGUUUUCUAGAAUUUAAGGGGAUGUCUUCAAAUUGCUUUUGUCCAAUCAACAAUCCAAAACACCAAUGAGAUGUACUUCACUGUCAUAGAAGACUAAAACUAAAACAAUUAAUUGAUAAUCCAUAUAGUUGAUGUUGUUACAGCUCUAUUUGAAAUUCAAACAUAAAAUGUAUUCCAUUAAUGUAAACCAUUCUAACCUAUUUCCAAAAAACACACUCCUCUGUGUUUCUGCAGCUCUCUGUGAGUCAGUUUUUCAUUAGUCUGCCUAGAUGUAUUCAAAGUUGUAUAAAUCAAACACACCUUUUCUAAAUGUUACAGGUUGAUAUUUUAGAGGAAAAUGUUGACUGUUACCUCUUCUCAUCUAGUUCAUCCGGCACUCUUAGUUAUGUUUUCAUGAAAAUCAACACCUCUUAGCACCUUUUCAGAAGAACAGAAUAGAAUGGGGUCACUUUAAAAUCCUGCAUUGUCUCUGAGUAUCAUUUAACAUGACCUUUUAAAGGUGUGACUACAGUCACAUCCUGCUCCUUCUUCCUUACUUUCCCAAACGUAUAGGGUGUAUACUGUAAGCAUGUCAGAUAAAGUCAAACACUGUCGGUCAGUAUGUGAUUUUGUUGUUUUAUGUCUCUUUC